AUGCCACCGUUGAUGAAGAUCCCGCCGCUGAGCAGAUCCCCCCCACACAGCCUACUAAGGAUUGUGCUGAAUCCGAGGCAGCAGAGAAAAAAGUACCAAUUUAUUUCCAUCCAAGAAUUCAGCCACAACAAUGUGAUGGGAAAAAUCGCCUGCACAGGUCAGGAAAAAACAGGCACAUGCACAAAAGAGUUGCUGGAAAUUUUACAAAAUGAUGGACUCCCCCCAGUCAUUAUGGACAAAGUGGGUACCUUCACCCGUCUGAAGAAGCAAAAUUUAUUGUAUGAAAGGAUCCUCUUUAAACCAAGCAGCUUUUCCUCUUUGUCUCAUUUUAUGCAGAUGAUGGAAAAGGAAAAUUUACUCAGCGAAUUUGAUAUGUACUUUUUUGAAGAAGAUUUUCAAAAAAUGAAAUUAAAUAGGGACCAAAAUAAAAAGGAAAUUUUUAUAGACAUUAGAGGAGUUGAUCUGGAGAAGAAGCACAGCUCAUUGGGGGGGAUCUCGAGUGUGCAUGGAUCAGUUAAAACGAAAUGUACAAUAACACAAUUGUUCAACAAGUACAAUGUUGAACCGCUACACUACUAUAACAUCCAAAGGUACCAACCGAACGAAGAUCCGUCGUCCUUCCUCAUUGACAGAAGAAGAUUAACAAAGGAGGAGUACACGUACCAGUAUGUGUCGACUAUUUUGCCUUACAUAUGCUUCACCCUGAUGUUGUUUUUCCCUCAUGUACUCAUAUGUUUGUACAUCCCACAUAUGAAGGAGAAAAAUGAGAAGCAGCGAAAAUUGUGCAAAUUAUUUCAAAUUAAGCAGCACAUACACAUGUAUAAAGACAUCAGACCAGAAUAUUUGCAGAACGUUAUUGACAAUAAUGUGAAAACACUUGUUUUUUUUUACAAUAACGAGAUUUUUAUGAAUAUGCGCAUGAAAUCUUUAAUGGUUGAUCUGUCCAAAAUUUUAAAAAAGAAUUCCAUUCCUGUUAAUGUGGUCGGUGUCGAUACAGCUAAGCAUAGUAUUCGCUACGGUGUGGCCAAAGAUUUUGAGGAGGUUCUUUUUCCUGUGAUUUAUUUGAUUUGUCCUUACCACUAUGAUAAUGACAGUGGUGUUUUUCGGAUUGAAGGCCCACUAACCUUGGAGAGCAUUUGCACGCAAAUCGCUCAAUUCGUGCACGUUCCGCGCAACGCCUUCAGUCAAAUGCGGGACCUGACCCGCCUUAGUGACAAGCUACAGAAGUGUAUAUUCGAACACGAAGUCAUGAACCAGAGGAGGGACCCAAUUUUGUACGACUACGGUACGGAGAUAGCCCACUUGUCUUGUCUCCACCUGAAUGGUCAGGUGCCAUUCUGA